AUGGAUAUGGCACCUGGAGCUACAAUACAAGCAUUUGCGGAUGACAUAUUCCUUCUUGUGCGCGCCAAAGAUAGUAAUAAUUUACAGCUUAACGCAAAUAAUGCUUUGAGUAUAAUCACUAAAUGGGGUCAGGAAAUGAAACUUACUUUUGGAGUUGCCAAAACACAGGCCAUCGCAUUUACUUGCAAGGCAGCGAGGUGCAAGCUCUAUAUGUCUGGUCAUCUCCUGAAUUUUUCUAACGAGAUUAAGCUUUUAGGCGUUUUGAUAGACAAAAAGCUCAAAUUCAUAAAACAUGUAGAUUUCAUCGUCAACAAAGUCCGUAAAUUGUACACUAGGUUAAUAACGUUCGUCAAACCAACUUGGGGCAUUCACUCCGAGAAUAUAGAAAUUAUCUAUAAACAUGUGAUUGAGCCAAUAGUCUGUUAUGCUUCUUCUAUCUGGCAAUCAGCAAUCGGGUACAAAUGUGUGAAAGAGAAACUACUCUCUUUGCAACGCAAUUUUGCCCUUAGAAUUAUCCGUGGCUUUAGAACCGUGAGUACAGUCGCUUGCAUAUCAAUCGCUCAACUAUGCCCACUCCCAAUAAAAAUAAAGGAAAUAGCAGAUAAUGAGCGCACAAGAAUCACACAAGUUUCACAGUACCUACCUUCUGAUGUUACUCUAGACGUCCCUGCUAAACCAGGAAAUUUAUUACAUCCCUCUUUGCGAAAACCUAUUAAAUUUACUGAAGAACAAAUACCGACAGAAUAUAUUAUAAAUUCUUAUCGUAUUUACACCGAUGGUAGCAAGCACAGCAAUAAAGUGGGCGCUGCAUUUGUGAUACACAAACCGAACGGAGAAAAACUAAUACGCAAAUACAAAUUACAUGACUCGUGUUCAGUCUUUCAAGCCGAACUCCUGGCCAUUUCUAAAGCCUGCGAAUGGAUUAUAGAACACAAAAUCAAUCCAACAUAUAUUUUCUUCGACAGCAAAUCAGGUCUCCAAUAA